AACAUUAAUACUUUACGUGUGAAUGGCAGUGGACACCGUCACACUUAACGGAGCACCUUUACGUUAGAGAACUAUUUAUUUCGCUCUGUACGUGUUAUCUCCUCCGCCCUAUACUGCGGUCACAUGACCAGGAGCCAGCCGCUACCUCGGUCUGUGGAGAUCGACAGCCCCUCAGAAUGGCCAUACCACCUCCCAGUUCCUGCUUUGCAGCUCUGCAACCUGUCACAGAGGGUGCAUAUACAAUAUUUGGAAAAAAUUCAGCAAGGCCUGACAAUGAAGUUCAAGAAGUGAUUUAUUUUCCUACUGCUUCUCAUGAACCAGGAUCAAAGGUUCAGUGCACAUACAUUGCUAUUGAUCAAGUACAGAGGACACUUGCUGUAACACUAAGCAAAUCAGCCUGGAUGUGGGGGGCAGAAAUGGGAGCCAACGACCAUGGAGUCUGUAUUGGUAAUGGGGCUGUGGUGACCAGAGAAACAGCUACAGAGACAGAAGCAUUACUUGGGAUGGAUCUUGUCAGACUUGGUUUAGAAAGAGGCACUACAGCAAAAGAGUCCUUAGAUAUUAUAGUGUCCCUUUUAGAAGAACAUGGACAAGGUGGCAAUAAUUUUGAAGAUGGAGCUACACUUCACACAUUCCAUUGUACGUUUCUCAUUGUGGACAGAACAGAAGCCUGGGUCUUGGAAACGGUUGACAAAUAUUGGGCUGCUGAGAAAAUCAAAGAGGGCUUGAGGAGCCUCUGUAACCGAUUGUCUAUAACCACCAACAUUGAUGCAGAACACCCAGAACUUAGACAUUAUGCCCAAAGUCAGGGCUGGUGGAAUGGAGAGGAAGAAUUCAACUUUAGUGCAGUGUUCUCAGCACCAGGCAGAGAUGAGGCUUUGAAUCACCACUGUACUGGCAAAGAACGUCUACUGGAACACGCAGGAAAUAUCACUAUGCAAAUGAUGAUCGAUGCACUGCGUGACAAGGACAACAUGGAUCUGGAUUCUUACCUUAUCACAGGGAGCAUGGUGUCCAUCCUGCCUCAGAGCUCACCUUGUAUCCACUUCUUCACGGCCACUCCUGACCCCACAAGGUCCAUCUUCAAACCCUUCAUCUUUGUAGAUAAUGUCAAGCCGGUCCUGAAAACACAAUCUCCAAGCUUUGGUGAUGAGGACCCAGCAAAACAGCAGCCUCGUUUCCAGAACAGACCUGACCGUAGACAUGAGCUGUAUCAGGCACAUGAGUGUGCCAGAUCAGUUAUGAAAACUGAAGAGGACCCUGGUCAGAAGCUUUGGCAAACCAUGCUGGAUCUGGAGAAACAAGGUCUGGAAGCCAUGCAGGAUAUCUUGAAGUGUGAAGGACCUGUUGACCCUUCAGAAGUGGCGGACCUCUUUUAUGAUUGUGUGGACACUGAAAUAAAAUUUUACAAGUGAUCUGGUAGCAAUUGCCCAAUUUUGUUGGCCUCUCUGGAAAAAGAGGACGAGAGUUCUUCAAGACACGAUUGUCUCUUCAAUUGAAGUACAAAAGAGAAGACUUACUUUUGCUUGGUUGGUCUCCUUUCUCAGAUAGCUACUCACUGAAGUGAAAACUUCAUACAUCCAAUUGUGUAAUAUCUAACCUUUGUGUCUAGUCAUAGGAAACAGCCAAUGAUUGGUUGUUAAGUGUGUGCAUGCAGAUAUAUAUAAAGCAGGAUCUUCUAAAUGCUUUAUGUUUGUGAUUACAUUCAUUAAUAUCAUUCAUUGAGUAAAGAAUAAUAACCAGGUGGUAAAGAAGCAUGGGGUAAUCUGCUCUAAGCCAUGGUUGGUGCUCUUUGUAUGGCAUUCUUCCAUUCUUGUUUGUGAUAAAUCUUGUCAAAUUUAAUUUGGACUAACCUUCAUUUUGUCUGUGGUUAACAUACAGGUUGUGUUUUGUGCCUCAGCAUGUACUUGAUAUGGAAUUACUUAUUAUUUACUACAAUUAAUAGCAAUUGAGCUUUAUGUCCCCCAGUAUAUCUCAGCUGCCACAGCAUUGGAACUUAAACAUUCCUUUAUAGUCUUAGAAUCAUAGAGGUCUACAGCACAGAAAGAGGCUCUUCGGCCCAUCAAGUCUGCGCCUGUCAAACAAGUACCUAACUAUUCUAAUCCCAUUUUCCAGCAAUAGGCCCAUAGUCUUGUAUGCCAUGGCAUCGCAACAUGGCAUUAACAUAAGAACUCUAGAACUUUGGGGAAUCAGUAAAUAUUAUAAUUUAAUGAAAAAUCCAUACAUAUAUAUUGUGCAAGGGAGAGCAUGCUAUGAGCUGUACCUGGCUCCUGCAAUUUAAAUCAUCUAAAUUUUCAUGCAUUUACUUCCUUCAGUAUCACUUUUAACUACUCUUUGUUCUUUAAUAUCAUUUCCAGGAAAGAUGCAGUCAAGAUAUUUUCUGGUUUAUUAAUUGCUUUUCCUAAACUGCAGCUUUGUGCUCCUUAUAUCAAAGAACAGGUUCUCUUGUACGGAAAAAAGAAUAACUUUCUGUUUCAUUUUAUUCUCAUGAUUUAUUAGCACUGGUUGGUAUUCAUGUAUCUCACUGCAUGCUUGGUCCUUGUACUGGGUUUUGUUUGGUAAAGUCCAGUUGAUUCUAUUAAGAUUCAUUUUGAAUUUAACGUUUUGUUCCUAUCCAAGGAAACGUGGUAUAUUUAGUUCCUUAAUUUGCUUAUUAAGAACAGAAACUCAGAUCACCUAUCUCAGCUACAAAUUUGGGCAGAAUUCUCUAUCCUUCAUGAUGUAGUGAUGAAUUGUCCGUUGGUGUCAUGUAAUUAAGAGACCAGCACAAUUACUGAUCAUCAUUACAAAAGUUACCAUCUACUUUUGAAUCCUAAUUAAGCCAAGUUACAUUGUUUCAAUAACAUAAGCAUUUUAUGAUUUGAAUCCUGUAAUAGCUCAAGAUGACUUUGUAGCAAUUAAAUUGAUUACGAUUUGUAAGUUUGUUCUGGCUUAAUCAUUAACUAAAAAAUGUGUAUUGAGAAAAUUUGUGUGUUAACAUUUUUAGGUAGUCAGUCCCAAUAGGACAAUAGUUGACUGACAUCACUGGCCCUUAACUUGAAUUGUAAUCAGCUACUGCCACUUGUCAUGAAACCACAUGAUCUGUAUCUUUUCGAUUGUUGCAUUACUUGGGAGGCUGCACUACGCAUUAUGUAUUGUGUACUAUAUGUCAAGAUGGGAGUCCUUCACUUAGCAGCUGCAUCUGUGGAUAGCAAGACUAAAGAAUAUGCACUGUGUAGCAAGCUUAAGUGCUUAGGUUGGACAUUGCAGUGAUAUAAUUUCUGUUUUCUUUUGUUAUGUUAGCUCUGGCCUGACAAUUAAUUUAUUAGCUAUCGAAGUAUGUCAUGAUGAUGGAAAUUUCAGCACCUCACUAGAACUGAUGUCAGAUUCAUUUUCUCUAUUUACAACCAUGAUAUGGAUUGACCUGCUUUUCCUCUGGCAGAACAGUGAUGUGCAGAGAAUAAUAAUGCUGUAAUAAACUGAUUAAAACCU